ACUUAAACAUGUGGGCAGUGCCAUCGCUAUCGACAGCUGAGCUCCGUCUCUGUAAAGUACACAUUUCGCCUGGCCACUUACUUGCCCUGCGAGUACAAUACGUCUAUAGCCAUCAACAGCCCUCACGACUGCAGACUCCCCCAUGAAAAGCGGGAGAAAGGAAGGCAGAGAUUGGAGUUUACAUUCACGGCGGCCAAGGAAACCUGCGAAAGCUUUUCAUUACAUCCCCGACUCGGGAAGAAAAAAAAUGAACAAAAGCAUUCCUGGCUUUCAGCAAAAACAAUCACAGCGAAGCAAAAUCACUUACUGAAAAUAUAAUCCAAGGAGAUAACCGUAACAAAACAGCCCUCCCAGCAUCAGCAACAACAAAAAAGAACUAAACUAAACUACGCACAAAUCUGCUAACGCACCUCUGUUCCAGCAUUGAGAUCAGCGAGAAGUCAAACUACAAAAAACAAUGACAAUGUGUGCUCUAAUUUAUGUGAUUUCUCUCAUGGGGAUGUGGAAUUUAUGUGAGACUACACAAGAUGCUACUACUACAGGAACCCCAACAGCCCCAACCCCAAGCAUUUCAACUAAUAUUAAAACUACAGCUACUCUAAUACCAGUAACAACUGGUAAUCAAAUCACUAGUUCCCUUGACAGUUCAACCAGGAUGACCAGUAAAACAACUGCUCCUUUUAUUUCAACGCCGAUUUCAGUGAGUGUCAUGUCUGCAACAUCAAAACAAAUAAACAGCACUCCACCUUCAAUUAUCAACAAUACUUCUAGUCCUGUUAUUUCUACUACUGCUAUUGCAAGAAGUAAUACUACUACAACUGAAGGUCCUACGACAGGAAAAGCUACAGAUCCACUGCCGUCUAUAACUAUAGAGACAGCUUCACCCUCUGCUAAUUCACCAAGUCCAACUAAUUUAACACCACUGUAUAACGAUACUGAAACAACAAAAGUAACCACAACUGCAGAUGUGACUACAAAACCUUUAUCAACACAUUCAGAUCAACCUACCACUGUAAAUCAAACAAAAGCUAGUGUAGAUCAGACUACAACCAUCUUUACUACUGAUUCAAAGCCAACCUUAAAAACUACCAGUACGAUGACAACAUCAAAAGUCUUCGUUCCUGGAGACAAAUACGAGAUUCACUAUGAACCAAAAAAUGCCACUUUGAGCAAUGAAACAAGAAAACGUGUGAAAGAAGAGUGUGACACGAGGAGGAAACACCCUUCCCUGAUCUGUGAUGCUCAUAUAACAGUUUAUGCAAAUGGAACAGUACAUUUUAACAGCAUAUUGUUACGUGUGAGUCCUGAAGAGCUGGAAAAAAUCAAUAAGGGCAAUGGAUCUUCUGACCAACGUUUAUCUGGUUCUACUCUGACACUGACUGCUGUUCUUGCCUCCUGUGGUGGACUACUGCUCAUAAUUGUUGCGUUCCUUGUGUGCAUUCUUUGUCAACGGAAAUCCUAUAGGAAAAAUCAGCAGCAACUGACUGAAGAACUGCAGACAGUGGAAAACGGUUACCAUGACAACCCCACCCUGGAGGUGAUGGAGGUUCAUCCUGAGAUGCAGGAGAAGAAGGCCAAUUUGCAUGGGGAAUUUAAUGACAGCUGGAUAGUCCCCAUUGACAAUCUCAUUAAAGAUGACCACAACGAUGAAGAAGACACACACUUGUGAAGUGCAGCGUGUUUUGGUGCAGAGAUAAAAGAAAUCAGAAACAAAGAGUGGAGAAGAUAACACUUUUCAGCAUAAAAUUGUACAACCAUUUUACAUACCUAUAUCUGGAUAUAUACAUAUACAGUAUACAGUACCUAUUGCACUGCAGGUUUGAAUCUUGCAAACAAAGUCUAUUUCAAAACCUAGCUUUUGUAGUCUAGUAGGGGUUCUUGUUCUGAAACACAAUGCAUGCACCUUCCAUGUGACUGGAAUGUGACAUUUGAAGUAUUACAUCUGACCUCAGUCCCCGAGUUUGAUACAUGCAAGAGCAAAAUCAUAUGUUCUUGUUCUAAUUUGAUAUAACUCAGUGAACACCUACAUUUUAUUGUUACUCUUACCACUAUAUGUGAUAUACCAUGCUGCUUUAAGCAUUUUGCAAGAGAAUGCAAUUUCUGAACACUAAUAUUAGUAUGAUUUUAGCUGGGUACAUGUCUACAUUGUGGACAGUACCCUCAUUAACUCCAUGACAUCUGCUAGCAAGUAAAACUGAAACAAGGGAGAGCUGUGCUCUAAUUUGGAGUUUAAUGUCUUUGCACAGUUAAACCAAGGAAAAACGAUGCAGCCAGAAGCCUGGUAAAGUUGAAGGGCACAUUCUGAUUUGUUCUGUAGAAAACUUUGAAUAGAAUCUUGACUGACUUUUGAAGACCUGUAGCAGCACUAUUGGUAGGUAAUGGUAGAUAUAACUUAUACCACUAUAAUUUAUAUAACAGUAGUCACGGUUUAAUGUAUUCAUGUACAUUGUAUUUUCUUUUUACCAAAAACCUUUGUCAUAUAGAAGCUAGACUUCUUGUGCUAAAAAUAAUUAGAAUAUUAAUGUAAUAUGGUUUAUUUCAACACUAUUUCAAUAGGAAUGUGUCAUGCAGUAUUUCCAGAUAUAUCUGUUGUUCCCAAGGUGGAGCUGUUUGUAUUGACCAUGUAUGCAGUUUUGAACUGUGCAUCACUACAAACUUUUGCAACUUAGCAAAAAUUAGUUCAAGAUGUAAAUUAUCAUUUAAGUGCAUGUUGGAAUCGAAACCAUUAUCUCAGUUUUAAAGAUUGAAAUGUAAGAAAGAUUUUAUGGCACCCUUUUUUUUUCUUUAUACAAAGCAGAAAUUUAAAUUUCUCUGCAAUGUUAAAUACGUAACCUCUUGGGUAUGGAUACUUAUUUUGGAAACAGUGCACCCAGGGAUUUGUUUUAGAUGAGCACAGUUGUAUAACUCGCAGUUUGGGGAGGUUUACUGAACCGAAGAUGCUUUGAGUUUAUGGUUGGAGUUCUUUGUCCACGCCAACAUUCAGAGCAUUGUUUCAGGAAUUUCUGCCUUUAAUCAUUUAUGAGAUUGAUUAUAAUCUUAGCCCUCUUCUUUAAAACUUGUGUGAAUCAUUAUAUUGAAAAUAAUAGAAAUUCUUAUAUUUAAAUAUAAACAAUUGGUACCUUAACCUUCACAAACACCUUUUAAGAACUGAAAGCAGGACAUUUUCACGGCACCCUUAUUUCAGUGGACAUGCCUUAAGAGGGAAAAGGGAGUGGUACAAAUUAGGUACUUUAAGGAUGAUUAACACAACAGUCACUCUGUCAACAGUCAAAAACAGAAUGUCCAGGGUCUUAGAAGAUUUCCUGCUGGCUUCUACUAAUGUUCCGUUUAAGCCUCUCCUUUUCAUUACAUGGCUGACUGCUGACUUCCUCUGGCCUGUAACUCUUACUACACCCGGCAGUCUUCUACUUAUUCUGUACAUUAAAUGGCCUUUAUGAAUCUCAGGGUGUAUUUUUACAUUACUUCACGUUUGUGUAUAUACAGUUUAUAUAUAUAUAUGCACCCACACAUUUCUAUGUAUGCCACAAUGUUCAAAAGCGAGUAACACCACACAGUGCUUGAUUUGAAAAAGAUUGACAUUGCUUUUUCAAUCUUUUGUUUCACAAUAAGUAUGUAGAUCUUAAUCUGCUGUACACUUAAAACAAACCCUUGUGCUGUUCCUAGCAAUUAUGCUUACCUACACACAGACAACAGCAACUGUUGUAUUUGAACAAACACUUUAAAGGAUCAUAUUCAAAAUGUUUUUAAUACAGAAUCUAUUUAGCAGAAUAGUUUUAAGUAUGUAGAGUGAAUAUAUAUAUAUACUUAUACUGUACAUAUACUUUUUGCGUGUGCUAUACUAGCAUAAGAACAGAUGUCUGACACACUGGAAUCCCCACUGACAACUGAAACUCACGUGUGAUGAGGACAAGGCCUUCUUCCGUUUUUUACUCAAACCAAUAAACCUUUGUAGCAAAAACAA